AUGCUGUGUCUUGUUGCGCUCUCUGUAGCAAGUACUGUCAUGCAGCGUAGCGCACCUCCACUGCCGCAAGCAAUACAAACUUGCUUGGAGAAAACAGGAAUCGCACUGAUUUCGCCUUCCUCAACCGACUACAACACGACAGCCAAGUCCCAGAACACCAUUUACAACUAUCAACCCUCAGCCAUUCUCGAACCCAAAUCCACGUCCGAGACGGCUUCAAUCAUCUCCUGCCUCACGUCCAGCGAGGUCAAAGUAUCACCCUUCGGCGGCGGCCACGGCUACGCUUCCUACGCUCUCGGCGGAACAGACGGAUUCGUAGUCAUUGACACCUUGCAUCUCAAUACAAUCAACAUCGAUCCUGCUGCAAAGACUGUGCAAGUAGGAGCAGGAGUCAAAAUCGGACCUCUAGCAAAAGCCCUAGCAGCGCAAAACUUCGCCCUCCCGCACGGGACAUGCUCCAGUGUAGGCAUAAUCGCACACGCCUUGGGUGGAGGUUGGGGCUUCGGAAGUCGUAAAUGGGGCUGGCUUCUCGACCACAUCAUCUCCAUAACUCUCAUAGAUGCCUCAGGCAAGACCAGAACUAUCCAUGAGAAAAGUAUGGGUGACGAUCUGGAUAUCUGGUGGGCAAUGCGAGGCGCAGGAGCAAAUAAUUUCGGGAUCGUAACCUCCAUGACACUCUCCAUCGAACCCGCUCCAACGAAAAGCGUCAACUUCAAAACAAUCCUCCAAACAAAUCUCGAAUGCGCAAAUGCUUUGAUCGUGUUGCAAGAACUCGGUCUCAAAAAAGAAGGUAUAUCAGACGCUUUGCCCGUCGAAUUCGGAGCCCAACUACUCAUGUACGGCGAAGAUGGUGGCGAUCCAGGUGCUUGCUCAUUCGCAGGCCAGUAUCUCGGUCCUCUGACCGAACUCCGCAAAAUCGAAUCUCAGAUCUCAUCAAACCUGAAAUCUCGCGGCGUCAAUAUGCCUGCCUUCACCGCCACAGAAUUCUCUUCCUGGAACGACGCACUCGUCAAUCUCAUGGGCGAUCUUGACGCGCCACCGAAUAAGGUUCCAUACUACGCUCAGAGCUUGAUGGAUGAUGGAUCGCCGGGAUAUUCCAUCGACUCCGCGAAGAAGAUUGUUGAAGCGAUGCAGAAAACCGUCAAUGUUUCCGACUCUGGCACCUCUCUAUCCUUUGACCUCAACGGUCCUUCCGCAGGGACGAAUGGCGAACAACCCAAUGGGAAUGCCGUCUGGUACGACGCCGGCAAACGUAACGCCCUUUUCCUCUCCCAGAUCUACGUAUACAACUAUCCAGGUUUCGACAAGCAAACUGAACAAGACGCUAUAAACAAAGCUGUGGAUGACGUGAACCAAGCCGUACGAGACGCGAACCCAAACUCCACCUGGGGCGCAUACGUAAAUUACAUCGAUCCCCGACUCGAAAACUGGGAACAGAUGUACUACGGCCAACCGCCCAUCAUCAAAAGAUUAAAAUCCCUCAAAACCAAAACCGACCCGAAUACCCUCUUCGACUACCCCCGAGGUCUAGCUCACGCUCGAGAUCCAUAG